AUGUAAGUUGUUGAGAAACGAAGAAUAGAGCUCAUAGAAGUUAUAAAAUCUGCUAAAAAUAACUUUUUGCAUUAAUAUUUAAAAGAAAUGAUAGUAAAUGAAAAAUCAAAAAUAUCUAAUGAAGAAAUCAUAGACAACUUCUUGGCCUUAUUUUUUGCUGGCACUGACACUACAGGGAACAUGACAAGAGUAGCUUUAUAUUACUUAUCACUCUACCCAGAUAUUCAAAACAAAGCAAGAGAGGAAAUAAUCAAACUGGCAUCAUCUAGAACAAAGUCAACCAACCCUGUUGAUCUAUUUAACUCAUUAACUUUUGAAGAUAUUCAAAAUCUUAAUUUCUUAAAUUCUGUACUGAAAGAGUCUUUGAGGUUAAUACCACCAGCAAUUGAAGUUUUCCCAAGAGUUGCUAUUUAAGACAUCCAAAUUGGAGAUUUUGAAGUUAAAAAAGGAGAUUUUAUAAAUACAUUCUUCAUUUACAACUUUUCCAACCCAGAAAUAUAUCCUGAACCAAAUAAUUUUGAUCCUUCAAGAUGGAUGAAACAAAUAGAUUAGUAGAAUACAUUUAAUUUCACUCCCUUCUCAUUAGGACCAAGAAAUUGCAUUGGAUAGCAUCUAGCCAUGAUUGAAGGAAAAUCUAUGCUAGCUUAUAUACUAUUAAAUUUUGAAAUCUUUCCAAAUAAAAACUAAGAAGUUGUAAAAGAGAUGAAAAUAAUAUAUGGAUUUUAAAAAGACAACUUAGUUUAUUUUAAAAAUAGAAGUUAAUGA